AUGUCAGAGCACCGAUCCAGUUUCCUUCACAUUGGAGACAUUGUGUCUCUCUACGCCGAAGGCUCAGUGAAGGGUUUCAUCAGCACUUUGGGUCUUGUCGAUGACAGAUGUGUAGUCCAGCCUGAUGCAGGAGACUUGGCAAACCCCCCCAAAAAGUUCAGAGAUUGCCUCUUCAAGGUUUGUCCCAUGAACAGGUACUCCGCCCAGAAGCAAUUCUGGAAGGCAAAACAGGGCAAACAAGGAAAUAACAACACGCAAGCCGACUUAUUCAAGAAAUUGCAGCAUGCAGCGGAGCUUGAGCAGAAGCAGAAUGAGACUGAAAAUAAGAAGCUACUUGGAGAAGUUGUUAAAUACAGUAAUGUUGUCCAGCUCCUGCACAUCAAAAGUAAUAAGUACCUGACUGUGAACAAGCGUCUUCCCGCCUUGUUGGAAAAAAAUGCCAUGCGGGUUUCUCUGGACCCAGCUGGGAAUGAGGGCUCCUGGUUCUACAUUCAGCCUUUCUGGAAACUCCGCAGUGAAGGAGACAAUGUGGUGGUUGGAGACAAGGUGGUGCUGAUGCCAGUGAAUGCAGGGCAGCCUCUUCAUGCCAGCAAUAUUGAGCUGCUAGACAACACGGGCUGCAAAGAGGUUAAUGCCGUCAGCUGCAACACUAGUUGGAAGGUCACAUUGUUCAUGAAAUUUAGUGACUACAAGGAAGACAUCCUUAAAGGGGGAGAUGUGGUUAGGCUUUUCCAUGCGGAACAAGAGAAGUUUCUGACCUGUGACGACUACAAGAAAAAGCAGCAUGUCUUUCUUCGCACUACUCUGCGUCAGUCUGCCACCUCUGCCACCAGCUCCAAGGCACUCUGGGAAGUUGAGGUUGUUCACUAUGACCCCUGCCGAGGUGGAGCUGGCCAGUGGAACAGUUUGUUUCGCUUCAAGCACCUUGCAACCGGAAAUUACCUUGCAGCUGAAGAAAACCCCGAAUUCAAUGUUAAAAAUGUUGAGACGAAAGGAGAGAAUGAGACUGACGCUGUGUAUUGCAAGAGAAAGCAUCAAGCAGCAGACAAGAUAGCUUUUACACUUGUUUCAGUCAAGCAUGGCAGUGACCUAGCCUCCCUCUUUGAGCUGGAUGCCACCACACUGCAACGGGCUGACUGUCUGGUGCCCAGAAACUCUUAUGUGAGGCUCAGGCACCUGUGCACCAACACAUGGGUGACAAGCACCAACGUGCCCAUUGAUGCAGAAGAGGAGCGUCAAGUCAUGCUCAAGAUUGGCACCUGCUCUACUAAAGAGGAUAAGGAAGCUUUUGCUAUUGUGUCCGUUCCCCUAUCCGAAGUCAGGGACUUGGACUAUGCCAAUGAUGCCAACAAAGUUCUUGAGGCCACCGUGAGAAAGCUUCAAUAUGGAAACAUCGCUCAGAAUGAAAGGAGGUUUGUGACUAAGCUACUAGAGGACCUGAUUUUCUUUGUAUGUGUGGUUCCAAACAAUGGUCAAGAGGUUCUGUCUGUGGUCACCUCCAACCCCAACCGAGAGAGGCAAAAACUGAUGAGAGAACAGAACAUCCUCGCUCAGAUUUUUGGUAUCCUCAAAGCUCCAUUCACAGACCAGGGUGAUGGCCCCAUGUUAAAGUUGGAAGAUUUAGGAGACCAGCGCUAUUCCCACUUCAAGUAUAUGCUGAGACUCUGCUAUAGAGUGCUGCGACACUCCCAGCAAGACUAUCGCAAAAAUCAGGAGUACAUAGCAAAAAAGUUCUCCAUCAUGCAGUCGCAAAUUGGGUAUGAGAUUCUGGCUGAGGAUACCAUCACUGCUCUACUGCACAAUAACCGCAAGCUGCUGGAAAAGCACAUCACAGCCAGAGAGAUUGAGACAUUUGUCAGCCUUCUCAGACGGAAUCGAGAGCCCAGAUUCCUGGAUUACCUAUCAGAUCUUUGUGUGUCCAAUAAGACUGCUAUCCCUGUCACACAGGAGCUUAUUUGCAAAUUUAUGCUUAACCCUGCCAACGCAGAUAUCCUUAUCCAGACAAGACUAAUCCCUAAUGCCGAGACCCCCCUGGAGCCCCCUCUGAUGCAGGAAGAUGGCGAAGACGAGGAAGUUUGGCUCUAUUGGAUCGACAGCCACAAGGAGCCUCAUGGCAAAUCCAUUCGCCAUCUGGCUCAGGAUGCUAAAGGCAAUCAUAAGAUGGAUGUAGAUAUCACCACCUACUACAGGUAUCAGCUGAACCUGUUUGCUAAGAUGUGCCUGGACCGACAGUAUCUUGCCAUCAAUCAGAUUUCCUCUCAGCUUCCUGUGGAUCUUAUCUUGCGCUGCAUGUUUGACGACUGCCUGCCCUACAACCUACGAGCCUCCUUCUGUCGCCUCAUGUUACAUAUGCAUGUGGACCGUGACCCACAAGAAGCUGUUGUUCCUGUGCGCUAUGCUCGGCUCUGGACUGAGAUCCCAUCCAAGAUCACCAUCCACGAUUUUGAAUACGAGUCAGCAGAUUCCUCAAGAGAGGAGAUGAAGAGGAAGUUUGCCCCCACUAUGGAGUUUGUUGAAGAAUACCUCAAACAUGUGGUCAGCCAGCCUUUUCCAUUUGGGGAAAAAGACAAGAAUGAACUCACUCUAGAGGUGGUGAAUCUGGCUCGUAACCUGGUGUACUUUGGUUUUUAUAGCUUUAGUGAGCUCCUACGACUCACACGCACUCUACUGGCCAUACUGGACAUUGUUCAUGAAAGUGAGCGGGUGUUGGACAAGCUCAACAAAAGUCCAGAGGCGGGUAACAAUGUCCUCCGUACGAUCCACGGUGUUGGAGAAAUGAUGACCCAGAUGGUGAUGGGUCAAGGUGUACCACAAGGCCUACCUGACACGUCUCCCUUGCUGCGUUACGGGAAAGGACACAUGUUUGUGGACAAUGAGGAUGUCAUGGUGAUGGACACCAAGUUAAAGAUCAUAGAGAUCCUCCAAUUCAUCCUGAGUGUGAGGCUGGAUUACAGGAUCACAUAUCUGUUGUCCAUCUACAAGAAAGAGUUUGGAGAAAAGAGCAUGUCUGAGAAUACAGCUUCACAAUCUGACAUACUCCUGAUCAUGCCAUCUCCUGAGCCAGACAUUGAUGAGAUUGCAACUAAGGCAGAGAGCAUGUUUGCUGGGAGCUCCGAGUUAGGGGCAGUGGAGCUCGAUGACGAAGGUGGCCGAACUUUUCUGAGGGUUCUGAUCCAUCUCAUGAUGCAAGAUUAUGCUCCACUGGUCUCUGGUUCACUGCAGCUCAUCUUCAAACACUUCAGUCAGAGAGCUGAAGUGCUGCAGGCCUUUAAACAGGUCCAACUAUUAGUUUCAGAGCAGGAUGUGGAGAACUACAAACAGAUAAAGGCAGACCUGGACCAACUGCGCCUAACUGUUGAGAAAUCAGAACUGUGGGUGGAGAAAAAUGGAGUGUAUAGCGGGGAAGACCUUGGCGUCAGGCAGGGCAAAGAACAGAACAUGGAGGAGACAGGACUGAGCACUGUCCAUGAUGGGAACAAUAAACCUCAAAUUGACAGCAACAAGGAAAACAACUACAACAUUGUGAAAGAGAUCUUGCUACGGCUGAGUAAGCUGUGUUACCAUGGUAAAAAAAUCCGCACGCAGCAGCAAAGGCUUCUCAAGAACAUGGGAGCUCACACUGUUGUGCUGGACUUGCUUCAAAUCCCCUUUGAGAAAAGUGAUGAAAAGAUGAACGAGAUCAUGACCCUGGCACAUGCCUUUCUGCAGAACUUCUGCAGAGGGAAUCAUCAGAACCAAUUCCUGCUUCAUAAACAUCUCAAUCUGUUCCUAACCCCGGGGUUGCUAGAAGCUGAAACAAUGCGUCAUAUCUUUAUGAAUUACUACCAGCUGUGCAAUGAAAUCAGCGACCGCGUUGUUCAUCACUUUGUCCACUGCAUUGAAACGCAUGGGCGUCAUGUUCUCUACUUGAAGUUCCUGCAAACCAUUGUGAAAGCUGAAGGAAAGUAUGUGAAGAAAUGUCAGGACAAAGUCAUGACUGAGCUUGUGAACGGAGGUGAGGAUGUCCUGGUGUUCUACAACGACCGCUCCUCAUUUCCAGUCUUAGUCCAAAUGAUGGGAUCUGAGCGUGAGCGCACUGAUGAAGAUGGAGCGCUGGCUUAUCACAACACGCUAGUCGAGCUGCUUGCUGCCUGCACUGAGGGCAAGAACGUUUACACUGAGUUAAAAUGUAACUCCCUGCUUCCGCUGGAUGACAUUGUCAAAGUUGUCACUGAUGUCAACUGUGUCCCAGAGGUGAAAACUGCAUAUGUGAACUUUGUCAAUCACUGUUAUGUAGACACAGAGGUAGAAAUGAAAGAGAUCUAUACCUCUAAUCACAUCUGGAAGCUGUUCGACAAUAUCUUGGUGGAUAUGUCCAGAGUGUGUAACACCACCACAGACAGGAACCAUGCUGAUUUAGCCCUCGAGAAGUAUGUGACAGAGACCGUAAUGGCCAUUGUCACAGGAUUUUUUAGUUCACCUUUUUCUGUGAACCACUCCAACCUUCAGACGAACCAAUCCAUCUUCAUCAAGCUGCUCCAGUCAGCUUUCAGGCUCUACAACUGCACAUGGGUCACUCAAAAGGCAAACAUUGAGAACUGCAUUAGAACACUCGCUGAUGUUGCUAAAGCAAGGGCAAUAGCAAUCCCAGUUGACCUAGAUAGUCAGGUGAACGCCUUGGCUCUAAAGGUCCACAGCAUGGUUCAGCGGGCAAAAGAAUGGAGGUUUUCUGCACGCGGACGCCCCCGUAAGGAGCACUUGGGUGGCCCGGACUAUAAGACCAUCAUUGAAAAGUUGCAGGGUGUUGUGUCCCAUUUGGAGGGGCAGUUCAGUCCUAUGGUGCAGGCAGAGUUUUCGGUGCUGGUUGAUGUCCUCCACAGUCCUGAGUUGCUGUUUCCAGAAGCCGCUCGCCUACGCUGUGAGAGUGGAGCUUUCAUGUCAAAGCUGAUCACUCACACCAAAAAGCUUAUGGACAAAGAGGAAAAGCUUUGCAUCAAGAUACUGAAGACACUCCGAGAGAUGCUGGACAAAAAGGACCGGUUUCAAGAGGCUGGAAAGGAGCUGAGAGAGAUUCUUCUCACCCGCUACUUUGGAACUCAAAGACUUAUUUCCAAAUCUGAGAUUGGGAGUGGAAGCAGCUCACCGGCUCUUUUUGCCAAGCCAACAUUCGCAGGAGGUUCUCUCACAGCAGACUUUGACAAGCCAUCCAGUAACCUAGUAGAGAUCCAAUGUCAACUGGACAUUGUUGGGGCAUCUGAGCUAGUGAUUGAUCUCAUUGUCAACACUAAGAAUGAUCAAGUGUUUGAGGAGAGUGUCUUGCUGGGGAUUGCCCUUCUGCGAGACGGAAAUACACAGAUACAGAACUCCUUCUACAACCAACUGCACAAGCAGAAGAAGUCAGAGAGAUUCUUUAAGGUUUUUUACGACCGCAUGCGUUUGGCCCAGCAGGAGAUCCGCGCCACUGUCUCCGUCAACAUGUUUGAGCUGAACAGCAGAAAAAGGGAUGAUGACAAUGACUUUGGCAGUGUCGGUUUCAGGAAAGGGAAAGAUUCAGGACUUCAUAUGAGGGAGGACAUGCGAGGGCAGCUUAAGGAGGCCUCGUCUGUGACUUUAAAGGCUUUCUCUGCUUACCGAAAAGACCUGGAUCCCGUUCUGGAAGCCUUGUGCCAGAACAGUGAGGUGACUGGAGCUGAAGAGGCCUUAGAGGAGACCCGCAUGAGCCAGGCCAUCGCUAUUAUGAAACCAAUCUUACGUUUCCUUCAGCUUCUCUGCGAGAACCACAAUUCCAACUUGCAGAACUUUUUGCGGUGCCAAAAUAACAAGACCAACUACAAUCUAGUAUGUGAGACACUUCAGUUCCUGGACUGUAUUUGUGGGAGCACCACUGGAGGCCUUGGGCUACUUGGCCUUUAUAUAAAUGAGAGCAAUGUUGAUCUGGUCCGUCAAACCUUGGAAACCAUCACAGAGUACUGCCAGGGCCCCUGCCAUGAAAAUCAGACAUGUAUAGCCAAACAUGAGUCAAAUGGCAUUGACAUCAUUAUAGCGCUGAUUGUAAACCCCAUCAACCCUCUGGGGAAAAACCGUCUGGAACUGGUGCUGGAGCUCAAGAAUAAUGCAUCCAAGCUCCUGUUGGCUAUUAUGGAGAGCCGCCAUGACAGCGAGAACGCAGAGAAAAUUCUCUUUAAGAUGAGACCCACUGAGCUUGUGGAUGUCAUGAAAGAGGCCUAUGCCCAAGCUCUGGAAAGUGAAGUGGAGGAGGACAGUUCUCAAUACCGCAUAAGACCACUGGAUGUUGGUCAUAAUAUUUACAUUCUGGCCCACCAGCUGGCUCGACAUAAUAAGAUCCUGCAGCAGAGUCUGAGGCCAGGGUCUGGUUUAGGGCCUGGAUUAAGCUUGGAUCCUGACAAUGAAAAGGAUGAUGCCCUUCAAUACUAUGCCAAUCACACAGCUCAGAUUGAGAUUGUGCGUCAUGACCGCACCAUGGAGCAGAUAGUAUUUCCAGUCCCCAACAUUUGUGAGUACCUCACACAGGAGUCCAAAAUGCGUGUGUUCACCACCACAGAGCGAGAUGACCAGGGCAGCAAGGUUAAUGACUUCUUUCAGCAGUUUGACAACCUCUACAAUGAGAUGAGUUGGCAGAAGAAAAUCCGAAAAAAUAAGGCUUUGUUCUGGUUCUCACGCCAUAUCUCUCAUUGGGGAAGUAUCUCCUUCUACCUGGCCUGCCUGCUCAACAUCUGUGUGGCUGUAUUCUACCCAUUUGGAGAUGAUGGAGAUGAAGGGACCUUAACCAAUUUCUCCUGUGUACUGCUUUGGGCAGCAUUGUCAAUUUCCGUUGCUUUACUCCCAAUCCUGCCCAAACCAUGGGGGAUUAUUUUCGUCCUGGUCUUCCUCAUUUUGCGUGCCAUAUACACCAUGGGCCUCGGCCCUGCUUUGUUAUUACUGGGAACCGUCAAUUUGUUCAACAAGAUCAUUUUUUUGGUGAGUUUUGUGGGAAACCAAGGAACGUUCACCCGUGGUUACAAAGCUGUGGUCAUGGAUAUGCUAUUCAUCUACCACUUGGGAUAUGCAAUCAUCUGUGUUUUGGGUCUCUGUGUGCACGAGUUCUUUUACAGCUUUUUGCUCUUUGACCUGGUAAUCAGAGAGGAAACGCUGCUUAACGUCAUAAAGAGUGUGACCAGAAACGGACGCUCCAUUAUUCUUACGGCGGUACUUGCCAUCUUUCUUGUCUACUUCUUCUCCAUCAUCGGCUUCCUCUUUCUCAAAGAUGACUUUCGCAUGGAGGUGGACCGUCUACCUGCAUCAGGAAAUCAGCACAUAUUUGGUAAAUCGAUGGUGGAAGACUCAUGUAUGAAAGACAGCUGCCCUGUUUCCUCUAAGACUGUUGCUGAUGAAGAUGAAAGAAUAGAGAGAGUGUGCGACACCUUGCUCAUGUGUAUUAUCACCGUAUUGAACCAAGGACUACGCAACGGUGGUGGUGUUGGCGAUUUUCUAAGAAGACCGUCAAAAGAGGAACCGCUGUUUGCGGCACGUGUCGUUUAUGACCUUCUGUUCUUCUUUGUUGUCAUCAUCAUUGUCCUCAACCUUAUUUUUGGGGUUAUCAUCGACACCUUUGCAGAUUUAAGGAGUGAGAAACAAAGAAAGGAGGAGAUUCUGAAAACAACCUGUUUUAUCUGUGGUUUGGAAAGGGACAAAUUUGACAAUAAGACUGUGUCCUUUGAAGAGCACAUUAUGUCUGAGCACAACAUGUGGCAUUACCUUUACUUCUUGGUUCUGGUGAGAGUGAAGAAUCCCACCGAAUACACCGGACCAGAAAGCUAUGUCGCCCAGAUGAUAGCGGAAAAGAACUUGGAUUGGUUCCCCAGAAUGAGAGCCAUGUCUCUGGUGAGCAACGAGGGGGAUAACGAGCAGAAUGAGAUGCGAUCUCUGCAGGAGAAACUGGAGAGCACCGUAACACUGGUAACUCAGCUCUCGGCCCAGCUGUCUGAGCUCAAGGAGCAGAUGACUGAGCAGAGGAAGCACAAGCAGAGACAAGGAUUAAUGGGUCCUUCGCAGACAAACCAUCACGUCUCCAACCACUGA